CCGCCAUUAUUUUGGCUGUGGUCGACAAAUCAAAGGUCAAUCUGAGACAUCAACGCUGAGUUCCCAGCCUUCCAUAGAUGAGGUUCGUCAGCAGAUGCAUCUGCUGCUAGAAGAAGCCUUUAGUCUAGCUUCAGCUGGUCACUCCACUUCCAGCAGACACCAUCACUCCCACCAUCAGCAUCCAUCACUGGGUCCCUAUGGCUUGGGUCCAGUCAUCCCAUACUCAGAGGUGGUGACAAGUGCACCGUGCACCACAAGUCAAGGGCAGGGAGGCCUACAGUGGGUGCCAGCCUGUAGACCAGACCCUUACCAGUGCAGCCUGGCCAAACAGGCAUUCAGGUUCACUCAGCUCCCUGAAAUGGCUCUUGGGUCACCUCCACCCCCUGUCCCACCAAGAACAGGCCCUCCUCCUGAGUCAUCACUGCAACGGACAUCUUCUGAUCUUGGUCUGAAGGGUCAUUGCUCUGAGUUGUCAGUGCCGAGUCAGCAUGAUAGCGCCCCCUACAAGCUAAAAGGCAGAGCGCCACUCCCACCUGUCACUACUGAGCCCAUUCCCAACCACUCAGGUUAG